GUCCAGCUAGUAUAGUUAGACGCUAGGAAGCCUCGUACACUAGUCUGCUAUUAUUACACUGGGUCGCUGGCUUAGACUCAGUCGGUGUUGGCUCCCUGAACCGCGAGAACGUCUCCGCGAACACCUGAGAACGCGUUCGCCGGCGAUCCGCGACGCGUUCAGUCGUCUCCGAGAACGGCGAAUCGACUGUGCCAUUGGUAACAGUGUCCCCUUGGUGUCCGCUGCUCGCGUUUCGAUUCUUGGUACACGUGAAUUCACUGGAUAGACACGAUGCCGUACUACGGGGAGGGUCUGCCCUAUUACUAUGGGGGACCCUACGCGAACCACAGUUCCUUGAUGACAAGCACUCCUAGAGUAUUUCACACGACGCUGUCGCGGUUUUCCCCGCACCUGUCGACGAUCUCCGAGUCGCCGUUGAGCACGUUGCGACGCUACUCGCCGGUGUCGGUCCCGGCGCGACCUAGACGCGUAAUCGACACCGCGGACAUCGACGUCUCGACGCCGAGGAUCCUGUCGGGCGACGGGAACCACCAGAGGAACCGUCUGCGUCGUGAUCGACCGACCAUCAAGAUCAGGUCUCAGGCUCUGAAGGACAAUCCGGCUCUGCGCGAGCACAACGAGCGACACGAGAAAUCCGUGGGCGAGCUGCUGGUGGAGAAGUUUCUGAUCAAGGACAAGAAGUUCGAUGAGGCGGAAACGCGUCUUCUCCACCAGGCGAACUUGGAGAAGGAGGACGAUGAGCAGGAGGAACUGCAACAGGCGCAGAAGAAGAUCAUCAGACGGUUCACGCGACGAAGAUCGUCCGCGGACAUCCAACUGGCCCCGGAGCAGCUGGAGAGGGAGGUGGCGUACGCUCAGGUGCAGGCGAAAGUGCUGGACACUCUAGUGGCCGAGGAACAGGCGGAGAUCGAGAACGAGGUCCGUCGAGGGACGCUGAUCAAGAAGGGAGCCAUAGGAGGUCCCAGGAGCGCCGCUGGGUUUUUUAGAACCGAUGGGGAGUCUGUUUCCCAAGGGGAAGAGGAGGCCACCGCUCACAAGAUGAGGAAGAGUCUGAAGAAGGUGAAGAAAAAGAAGAGACCCACCGAGAAACCGUCGCCGCUCGACGACGACGAGAACGAGAGGGAGUGCAGGUCCAGCACCUCCUCCAGCGACGUGUCCGUCGACCUGCAGAGGGAUGAGAAGACGGACAGGAGACACUCGAAGCCACAGAUGUACAAGAUAGAGGCGAGCAACAGCGUCGGAGACUUCUCCACCGUUUGGAUCGACAGCGGGACGAAUCUGCAAAGCAUCGAGCAGUUUCGUGAGAGCGUCAAGAUCUCCGUGCCUAGGAAGCUCGGUUUCCGCAAGAUCGAAAGGGACAGCGUCGAAGAGGAGUCUGAGAUGGAGGUCGUUCUGCCUGUCAAGAGGCCCUACGUCAAGGACACCUCGAGGAAUAGCGUGCAUUUUACGGUCAGGACGCCCCCGGAGACUGCCAAGACCGAUCCGAUGAAGAAGCUGCAGACCGUCGCGAACGGAGUCAUCCCUCGAAAGAUGGAAGACGUGGACGUAAUAUCAGAGAAGCCCGAAGACGACACGCAGAAGGCGUCGGAGAAAUCCAAGAAGGAAGACACCAAGGAAAAAGUUUCCGAAAUUACGAACACGAAUAAGACUGUUUCGAAGUAUUCGAAAACUCAAGCUGCUGAAACCCCUAAGUCUGAUAAGAAGGAAUCGAUCGCCGAGAAGGUUCCAGACUCGCCGAAGAAAGAAAAGGCUCAGAGGAGCCUGGAGCUCACGGUGCCCAAGAAGCUCGGAGUUUGGGGUCGCGCGGAGCCUCGCAAAAAGGAAGCGAUCAACGAAGAAGCUCCGGACUCGGCGAAGGCUGGCAAGAUCGUUUCGAAAUAUCCGAAAGUUCCGGCCGCUCGAGGCAAGAAUGAACCGAUCGACGAGGAGUCGCCGAAGAAAGAAGAGACGCAAAGGAGGCCAGAGCCCUCGACAGCCAAAAAGCUCGGCGUUUGGGGCCGCGAGGAGCCUCUGGCGCGGAAGACCGAAGCGUCGAGCGCGACGGUAGCUGUUGACCCGCUCGCUCGCGAGACCAGCGCCAGCGUAGCGCUUCCAUCGGUAGCGGACGGGCUGCCAAAACCGUCUAAAAUUAAUACGGAUGAAAAUAAUGCCGUAGAAGCGCCAAAGCGAUCGCUACGCGACACAGAGUACCUGGCAAACACGACGAAAAUCGAGCGUGACGAGGACGUCGGUGGUCCGUUGCCGGGAAAGAAGGCGAACAAAGCUGUGACCUUGGUGAACGCUUCCUCGUCGAGGGAUGGAUACCCGUCCGAGGAACCCGCGAAAGGUGAACGCCGACCGGAGAGCAACGUUUUUGGUAGUGUGACGUCGCCGACGAAGCUCGCGACGCAGACGACCUUGUCGAAAGUUUCCAAGAGCGACGCGCGGAAGACAAACGACACGGAAGCAACGACCACCGCCGGGAACGUCGAGAGAAAGCUCAAGGUCAGGAAGACCGAAACCAACAAAGCGGACGAGAAGCUCGAAACGAAGGUACCCUGGAGAAACAAAGCGUCCAAGUUGAACGCGGUCGCUGAGAGUGGCGUCCAUCUUGACAGAAGCGUCAGCGUGGAUUCUCGGGAGAAUAAAGCGUCGGUUCAGAAGACUUUCAAGCAAUCCGUCUCCGCGGACGAGACGUCGACGAGCAGAAUGCCCCUGGGCAAGUCGACGAAGUCGUUCGAGAGCCUCAACGGGGAAAGCGGUACAUUGUCUAAGAGCACGUCGACAGAGUCCAUAGACUUCUGGAGUGAGAUCAGGGGUCCGGAGAGCCCGAACAUGACGAAGACGGCGAAAGGAUUCAACGAGACUGGACGGCCGGUCGAGGACCCCGGUGGAAAAGAAGCGGAGAAGAAAAAACAGACCGAUGCUAAAAUAAGCGUCGCUGCGCUCGGGCUCGGUAACAUCCCCGAGGAGGAGCGGAGGGCCGAGGAGGAGUCGUCGGCGUCCAAGGUGACGCUCGAGACCGAGACGGACGCGACGGCGCCGAAGAAAGGGCCGAAAAGGAAGAAGAACUUGUCGAUAGCCAUCGGCGAGGCACAAAACGACGCGUACUCAACGAUCAAGAAAGCUCCCUUGAAACACGAGAAUUCGGUGCCCAGUACUCCCGACACCGCUGUGUUCGUCUCCGAAGCCUCGACGCCCGUGUUCGACGUCUCCGUGCCGAUCAUAAACAUCGUGAUGGCGACGACGCCCGUCAGAACGGACACCCAGGCACUGGAGGACGAGGAGGACCCCAAAACACCGACGAACGAAUGGUCAGAAGCUGCCCUGUCCAAGCUGUCCAAGUGGAGUAAUCAGAACGACCUGUCCAACGUCGAGGAACCAGACAAGGACGUCACUCCUGUCCCCUCCAAGGACGUUACCGCGACCUGCACGCCUGAAGGCAGCCCCGAGUCAUCGAAGAAGAAAAAAGUGGUCAGGAAGAAAAAAUCCUCGACGACCAAGAAGGGUUCCAGCGGAAAGGAGGCUGGAAAGGAGUCGAAGGAGUCGAAGAAGAGCUCGAUCAAGUCUGCUCAGGAUAGCCUGAAGCCUCCGGAGCCGAAGACCUUGUCGAAAACAAGCCCCAAGAGCACGCCCACGCAGAGACCGAUAGAUCUCAUAAGGAUGUUCUAUACGACGCCCACGGCGCUGCUAACCGCGACUCCCAGAGACCUGUCCAAGGUUCGCCGAGCCAAAAUCAAGAGGCGGAAGCAUCACUCGAGGACGCCAUCGGUGAGCAGCGACAGUACCGGAAGCACCACCAGCACCGCCACCACGGAGAGCACAGACGGUAGUCGUUCCACCUGCACAGAGCUGGACGACGACCCUGACAAGAGGAUGAACUCCACCAGGAGCAACGACUCCGGUUUCGACGGCUCGCCGAGGAUAUCGACGCCGUCGCAAUCGUCGGACACCCAGAGGAAUUCAGACUCGUCGGACCACUUCCCCAGCGGUCGUAUCACGCCGCCAGCUACGAACCUGCCAAGAUUCAAGAAGUACGCAGUCACGGACUUCAAUUUUCUCAAAGUCCUAGGCAAAGGCAGUUUCGGCAAGGUGUUGCUGGCCGAAUUACGAGGCACGGAAUGCGUCUAUGCGGUGAAGUGUCUGAAAAAGGACGUGGUGCUCGAAGACGACGACGUGGAGUGUACCCUGAUCGAGAGGAAGGUCCUGACCCUGGCUACGAGGCAUCCGUACCUUUGCCACCUAUUCUGCACCUUCCAAACCGACUCUCACCUGUUUUUUGUGAUGGAGUAUCUGAACGGGGGCGACUUGAUGUUCCACAUUCAGAAGUCCGGCCGUUUCUCGGAAACGCGGGCUCGUUUCUACGCGGCCGAGAUCUGGUCUGGACUGAACUUCCUGCACAAAAAAGGCAUCGUGUACAGAGAUCUGAAGCUGGAUAACGUGCUACUGGAUUUCGAGGGUCAUAUCAGGAUCGCGGAUUUCGGCAUGUGUAAGCUUCAGAUCUUCCUCGACAGGACGGCCGACACAUUCUGCGGCACACCCGACUACAUGGCUCCCGAGAUCAUAAAGGGACUGAAAUACAACCAGGCCGUGGACUGGUGGUCGUACGGCGUGCUGUUGUAUGAAAUGCUGACGGGACAGUCGCCGUUCUCCGGCUGCGACGAGGACGAGCUAUUUUGGAGUAUAUGUAACGAAAGACCGUUCAUACCGCGGUACCUGAGCCAAGAAGCCACGGACAUGGUUGUCUGCCUUCUGGAAAAGGACUCCGGGAAGAGACUGCCCGGUCACGAGAUCGCAUUGCACGCCUUCUUUCAGUCGUUGCCGUGGGACCGGUUAGAGAGGAGGCAGCUGGAGGCGCCGUUCAAGCCAGCCUUGGAGCACACUUUGGACACAAAAUACUUCGACACGGCGUUUACCGCGGAGAGGCCGCGUCUGACGCCGGUGCCCGACCAGAUCCUCACCUCGAUGGACCAGGGCGUCUUUCGUGGAUUCUCCUACACGAAUCCGAACGCAACAGACUGAACGUGCUUCGUGGGACAUCGAACAGUCCAACCGUACAGUUUCACCGCGUUGACGGCGCUCAACGUCGUGUUCUCUCCCGCGAUGCCCAACCGUAGCACCGACGACCCCCUCAAAAGCUGAACCGGGCCUUGUUCCCUUCGCCUGGAACGAAACGGGGAAACGAUUACUCUUGUUCCCGGGGACACCAACCGAACGUUUCUAAUCGCAAGGGCGGAGGGUUAAUCGUGCAAUCGCGAAUCUCCCGGCCCGGUGGAUCGACCGAGAGCUCGGCGAGCGACGACGCCGAGAGAAGAAGAAACUAUAAACUGUGCCAAUGUUCCUGAACCGCUUGUACUCGCGAGGAGUCAGGCCACAGCGAUGAUAUUUUACUAGGUUUUUAUAACGUAGAGGCUGCGUUCCGUCGAUAGAGCAGUUAGUCUAGUCUUCAAUGGAAUAUUAGAAAGGGGUUCCCGGUACUUUGGGGCCACUGCUGGCUCGUCGAACCGUCAGGGCUACGCCGUGUACAGUAAAACCUCGAUAGAUGCUUAUGUCGAUAGUAAGAGAACAUUUGGAGCGAAAGCUGAUCGUGAAAGAUCGACGAUCACGCGAUUUAAAUGCGUUGCGAUCGUCGUUAGCUGAUGUCAUACGACGUUGUUCAUCUUUGUACAUUGGCUUUCUUCGAUGUGGACAUUAAUACGGUCGGGUAAAACACCUACCCAGCCGUUUACUAGAGGCCCAAAAUGACAAGAGUCGCGACUUGCUCGAUGAAACAUUGUAGCGAAUUAAAACCUCAUCAAAGUCUAUUGCCGCAAAGCAGACGUUUAAGCUAGUUAAGGAGCGAUGCAAAAGCUAUUUUAAAAAUAAAUAUAUCGCGAAUGAAAUUUACUCAAACCUGUAUAGGAAUAAUAAACCUGCAAAAAGAAAAGAACUAUGUAAAUUAUUGCAGAGUGAAACUCUAAUAAACGAGACAGUAAUUAAUAAUAAGAGUACUUACAUUAGAAAACCUAAAGACGAUUUGAAUGCAUUUAAAUCGUUUUUCAUGUAACGUAAGUUGUUAUUCCAAUCGUUAUUAAUCACGUUAGAGUUCAUAAUGGGGACUUAUCGUACAAGUUAGGCUGUUUCAUUCACGGAAUGACUACCUCGAUAAUUGUACAGAACUCGAUGUUCCAGGAACUUUUAGCCUCGAUUUUUCAAGACUAUCGCGGUUCUACUGUACUUACUUUUUUAACUGAACCUUUGCUGCGAAAAGUACUGUUUGUUCCCUGUUAUACUUUCUUUUUUAAACCCUCGUUCGAUAAGCCGUGGAACGAAAAUUCUAGCGCUGGGUGACAAUGAUGUUUUAAAUAAAACAAUGAACAACGCAUCACGGAAUUUAACAGUUAUUGGUAACCGAAAUUUACCGG